UCGCCGUGGAUCACCUUCAUAAUAACCAGACCAAUGUCCUGGAUAACCAAUUGCAUAUCCCUGGCAUUUACCUCGCCAGCUGGGAUCUGGCCUCCAGAAAGUGGGAGGGGGCCUUUCCUUCAGAGCGCGGCGCUUUUUGCGCCUGUGCGAAUCGGGUGCCUUUAGUGAGGAUGCAUGCGCGUCGCUUUGGAUGUGUAUGACGGGGCAGCGAGCUUUUUCUUCGGGGACGUCUGCCGGUGAAGUGUCUAAUAUAUGGGGCGCAAACCUCCUAGCCACAAAUCCUGGUAUACGAACAGGCUUGGACUCUUCUGUCACCAUAAUUGCAGGUGGAGGUUUGGACAAACAAGGAUUUGUUUUUGCGCGUACCAACUUCUGGUGUAUAUGCGGCAAAUUCUGUGUGUUGUGAUGAGAUGCUAAUAUUGGUAUAACAAAAAGAAAACAGACGGCUGGUGGUAUUUGAGAUUCCUUGAUCACCCAAGCAAAGUCCACAGCUACUGAUUGGGCCCUCUUCAUUCGUUGGUCAGCUUCACUUUCACUAUCCUCACAGGAAGGCUCCUGUAUUCUGUGAGCGCUAGCGAUGAGAUGGGGCUACGUAUUUCUGAGUUACGAAGACUUACAUUAGAAGC